AACAGGUUCAGAUUUCAUCGCUGAAACUACAGCCAUGUGGCUUGGUCAUUUAGAGUCAUUAGCUCUAAACAUCUUUGAUCAAAUAUCCCAAGACAGUGGAUUGAGGGAUUGCACCCUUGUAUCCAAUGUUCCGAUUCAGCUCCCGGGGUCGAGCUUCAUCUCAAUAGAUCCUACUACCUCUGAUGAAGAACUUUCUAAAAUGGCCGACUUCAUCCAUAAGACCACGUGGUGUGUGGUGGCGAUCAUCCAUCUUGGGCUCAAUAUAAAAUUUCCUAUUGCCAAUGUGAAAACAUUGACUGAGCGAAAUGUUCAUUCAAGUGUUUUCUUUAUUGGAAGUAUUUUAAGCUCAGACUUAGCAAAGUGGAAUAAACCCGCCAUGGUUAUUGAGCCACCAUCAAAUCGUCGGCAAAGUUACCCUGUUCAUGUUUAUUGUGGGCGACAUGAGUCAAGUUACUGGACUUUCAAUGAUAAUUAUUGGAGCAUGGAUAAAGGGUUUGUUCAUCCGUUUGGUUUGAGGGGUGAAAGGUGUCAUCAUAUUUUGUUCAAUCAAACCUUCAAAGUGGCUCAUUUCGGGCUGAUGCCCAAUGUCUUUUACGAUAAAAGCGAUAAUUCUGUGACGGGGACAGAUAUCGAGGCCGUAAAACUAUUGGCGGAAAAAUUCAAGAUGACGUUGGAAUUACGGACUGGAUUAGUGGAAAUCACAGCCACAACGGCUGAUCCCAAUGCCACCCAUGUACUAGCCAAGGUUUAUAGAGGCGAAUUUCAGGGUGUCAUUCCAGGAUUGCAAUUUUACUACAAUAGCGUUUUCUUUGACCUAUCCAAUUACAUUUUAUUCUCCCAAUUGCGCUAUACGAGUCGAGUACCUCAAAAGACGGUGACAUUUGGAAACGUGGCUAGAGGAUUCGACACUUGGAGUUGGCUAGCCGUGUUCAUUACUUUGGGCAGCUUUUCUGCCACCUUCCAAUUGAUAUAUUACGUUUAUAAAUACAAGAUGAAAGAUGCAACCUUAUAUAAAAACCCCGGGAACCCAAUUGAUUUCUUCUUAUUGACUUUUACCACUUUCGUCGAACCAGAUAAACUGAAGUGGUUUCCAUCUUGGUCCACAGGUAAAUUUGCAACCCUUUUGUGGUCCAUCUUUGCCCUCCUUGUGGUGAGCUUUUAUACCUCCAAUCUCCGAACGAACUUGAUAGCUCCGAAUUUCGAGCCAGAGAUCAACAGCCAUGAAGACAUCCUCAAAUAUGAUAAGAUCGUUCAUGUUGAUAAUAUAUUGAUAUUUCUUUUGGAACUGCGGGUUUCGCCGUCUUUUGAUGAGGUACUUCGUAUAGUUAAAGAAAAGGAAAGAUGGUACACACCGGUUGUGGCUCGAGAAAUUUUGGAACCGCAUAUUAAGAAAGCCGUGUUGGAAAAUGGAGAUAUUUUUGUGGCCACUGAGCAAAAUAUCCUUUACACUUAUUUGUUCGAGCAGGAUUUGGGAUUCCCCAACCUCAGGAUUUCGGACGACAGCUUGGUCAAUUUUUACAUGUGUCUUCGCCUCACCAAAUACUCACCUUUCACUCCGGACGUCAAUAGAAUGUUGACUACAUACCAAGAAUUUGGGUUAUCAAAGAGGAUUUUGAACAAGCCCAUUCCAAUCAUAGCCCUACCAUCGACGGAAUCUAGCGCCCAAUAUGAGUCAUCAGAAAAUUUGAAGAUGAGCAUGGAAAUGUUGUGGACGCCAAUUAUUCUCUUGGCAUCUGGAUCCAUGUUGGGCUUGGCAGUUUUUAUCGUUGAAAUUGUACUAGGUUCAAUCUCUUAAAAAUGAAUGGGAAGUGCUUGAUUUUUUGCAUAUUAAUCAGUUGGAUGCACAUCACUUUACCCAGAUGAUUCUAGUUGGUCUUAAAAUGCAACAGCAAUAAAUGUUCGU